AUGUUGAGAUCAAUAGUAAGAAAUUUAGGACGUGGUGGAGUUAUGCCGCAGUAUCUGCCGCGUAGUGGAAGCUCACGCGUUUUUGGUAUAAGCGCGAUUCGAUGGAAUUCUAUUGAAUCUGCAACUAAUAUAAGUGCAGAUAGAGGUACUGCUAAUGUUGAUGACAAACGAUGGGUUCAAUCUGGAGGAAAUCCUAAGCCAACACAUCCUGACGCCGAUACGCAUCCAAUAGCCAAAGCAAUUCUCGAUAGACAUUCUCAAUAUUUAUUAAACACUUACGCUCGUCCACCAUUAAUCUUCACACAUGGCAAUGGUUGUUACCUGUAUGAUUAUGCAAGCCGUCAAUAUUUAGAUUUUACCGCUGGAAUCGCAGUCAAUGGAUUAGGCCACGCUGAUCCCCAACUUUCGGAAAUAGUCCACGAUCAAACACAACGAUUAAUACAUUUGAGCAAUUUGUAUCAUAAUGAAUACGCGGGUGAAUUGGCUGAAGUAUUGAUAAAAGCCACGCGGGAAAAUGAUGGAUUUGAUGCGGCCAAAGUGUUUUUCUCAAACUCAGGAACUGAGGCAAAUGAAGGCGCAUUGAAAUUUGCAAGAAAAUGGGGAAAAUAUAUUGCAAAAGAAAUCGGAGUAGAUGAGGAUGAAAAAUACAGAAUUGUAUCAUUUAUAAAUGGAUUUCAUGGAAGAUCUAUGGGUGCAUUAUCUGCUACACCGGCUCCUAAAUAUCAAAAGCCAUUUUCACCAUUAAUCCCUGGAUGUUCCUAUGCUCCAUUUAACGACGUGACAAAGAUUAAUGAAUUUGUCACUCCAGAGACUUGUGCUGCUAUUGUUGAACCAAUUCAAGGUGAAGGUGGUGUUUUUGAAGCAAGUAUUGAAUUUUUGGAGGCAUUGAAAGCUAGAUGUCAAGAAGUUGGCGCUUUGUUGAUUUACGACGAGAUUCAGUGUGGUCUCGGUCGAACUGGAAAAUUAUGGGCACAUCAAAAUCUGCCGAAAUCUUGCCACCCUGAUAUAUUGACAAUGGCGAAACCAAUGGCUAACGGAUUACCAAUUGGUGGCAUAAUGGUCACAAAUCGUGUAGCAGAUUUAAUUACAAUUGGUGAUCAUGGAACUACUUUUGGUGGUAAUCCUCUUGCAUGUCGUGCAGGAAUUUACGUAGUAUCAAGAAUAAACACACCCGAACUGUUAGGCAACGUCAAUACAGUCGGGACAUAUCUUCGCACAUCAUUAGAAAAUCUUUCAGCAAAACAUCCUUCAUUAAUCACCGAGAUAAGAGGUCGUGGCUUAAUUCUUGGGAUGCAAUUCUCGCGUGAUCCCACACCUCUUGUACAAUUGGCAAGAGAACGUGGCUUGUUGAUUAUUACAGCGGGAAAUAAUACCGUGCGUAUUGUACCGCCAUUGAUUCUGACAAAGGAUCAAGCGUCCCAUGGUGUUAAGAUAAUAGAAGAGGCUGUAGAGUUGUUUGAAAAGGAAGUUAAUUAA